AUGGCUCACUUCACUAUAUCUGCCUUAGCUACACUUUUCCAGGCUUUGCCCCAGGCAUCGCUCGGCUCUUUGCCCUUCGAAUUGUUGCAAGAAAUUGCGCAACAUUUGCUUGACAAUCAACCAUCUGCUCUUAACUUCGCUGCCGCCAACAGCGUUACUUGUCAAGCCACGUUUUUCUGUACUCCUUUUGUGGAUCUCUUUUGCACGGUCAAUCUCACUUCUCCUCCUAUUCUGGACAAGAUCUUCGAGAUCUUUGGUGAGAAGUUGCUCCUUGCACCCUCAGUCGCUUCUAUCCAGUUUAGUAGAUUGGACUCUGGACCUUCAGGAGAAGCAUCUGCACUACAAGCAGCUAAUCUGAACUUCACGUAUUUCUGUACCAUAAUAGACCUCUUCCCAAAUAUUCGCUUGGUCACCACUACCAACAUCUCCUGGGUCUCUAAUGACCCUCUGCCCCGCAAUAUUCACAACUGA